ACCAUAAUAUACAAUUCAAUUUGAGCUACUAUUCAGGUCCGAGUCUUUGAUAGGAAGCAUAAGAUGCCUCAAGCCAUGGCAGCUCUCGAGGAGGCCUACAAUGCCCAUUCUAUUCGUCAGAUGCUUGAUAUCGUUGAUGAGCUCCGGAGGAUGGGAGUCAAGGACGACGGGAUCAAGCUGCCCUCCAUUGUGGUGGUGGGGGAUCAGUCCAGUGGGAAGACUUCGGUGCUUGAGUCCCUGUCAAAGAUUCGUUUGCCAUCAGCUAAGGGGCUCUGCACACGCGUCCCCCUCAUCCUACGAUUAACUUCCGAUGGUGUGCACGGAGAAGGGGCUGAUUACGAGAGCACGUCAGACAAUGUACACGGGGCAGAGAAUGCCCCAGAGAGCAGGAUUGGGGAACAGCAGAGGCCCUCGAGGAUUGUCAUAGAGUAUCCAGGCGUGCGUAGGGAAAUCCUUGAGGAUGAGGUGGAGUUCGAGGUCCGUCAUGCAACUAAUAUGCUAGCUGGAACUGGUUCUGACAUUAAAGAUAGACCCAUAACUCUAACAGUGGCCAGGCAAGGUGGCCCGGACUUAACUUUAAUUGAUCUGCCAGGGAUUACUCAUGUCCCCGUACGCGAUCAACCUCAUGACAUUUACGAGCAGGUCAAAGGGAUCAUAACGGAAUACAUCAAGCCGGAGGAGAGUGUCAUCUUGAAUGUGCUCUCUGCAGCCGUCGACUUUGCUACGUGCGAAUCGAUUAGGAUGUCCCAGCAGGUGGACAAGCACGGUGAACGGACGCUGGCCGUCGUCACCAAGAUCGAUAUGAACUGGGAUGGACUCCUUCACAAGAUCACCACAAGUGAGGAGGAGUUACAUCUUGAAGGACAAUUUGUCCUCGUGAGGAACAGGACGGAGAGAGAAAAGACGCAGGAGGCGGCAAGGGUGGCAGAAGCACAGUUCUUCAGUGAACAUUCGGACCUUCAGACUUUGGAAAGGCGACAGAUGCUGGGCAUUGACUGCCUUGCCGAUCGGUUGAUGAAAAUCCAGGCACAGCGUCUGUCAAAAAGUUUCCCAAAGAUACAAUUACAACUUCGAGUACUACUGGACGAGUGCAACACGGAACUUGCGAAGAUGCCUCCAGGAGUUUCUUCGCCCGGUGAGGCAGCGAAAAUGUUGUUCCAACUGCUGGGAAGAAGGAAGGACAUAUUGGAGAAAUUAAUGGUGAAGGGUGACUUUGGAGAUGAAGACAGGUCUCUGCAAUUCGCCCCUCGGGUGGAAGAGAAGAUGGUUCGCUUUGAUCGGGACUUGGCGGCAGCGGCGUCCGAGUUCAAGGGCGACGUGUACAGGAGGCAUGUCCUGGAAGUAACGAAAGCCGUCAAGGGUGUCGGCUUGCCUGUGUUCGUUCCUGAAGUGGUUUUCAGACGGCUAGUGAGGGAAGAAGUGGAUAAAUGCACCGAGGUGUGCGAAGCAUUUAUCCCUAAGGUAUGUGAUUACGGAGAGAAAGUCGGUGCGUACGCCAUACAAGAAUCCAUGGGCUCGUAUCGAGCUCUUGUUGAGAGGGCAGCUGCAGUGACCACUAAGGUCAUCUUUCAGACCAAGGAGAGGUGCCUUGCCUUUGUACGAGAGAUGCUUGGCAAAGCUGUCGACAUCGUACAUGUUGACCCUCAAGCGUUCAAGGCCAUGAGAAAAAUGGCCUUCCAGGUCAUUCCUGCUGCUAAUGAUACUGAAGAGGACAAGACGGCUAGAAUGCUGCAGGCCACCUUGUUCGCAUACUGGAAAAUAAUGCACAAGCGUCUGGCAGAUGAGAUUCCAAUUCAAAUAAAAUUUGCAGUGCAGAGGGCGCUGCUGAAUGAUGUUGACUGCCAGCUGAUGGACUUCAAAGGAGACUGCAGUUUGGAGAUGAUGGAGCUCAUGCGGGAAGACACGGCCAUUUACAGAAAGCGAAUGCAUCUGCAAAGCAGAAUUGCUACUCUGCAAGAGAAAAUGCGUCUUGUCGCAAUAGUUGUUUCUUGUUGCCGUCCGUCGUUUGACGUGUUGUUCCUUGCGGUCGUCUUUGGUGUUGUGCGGUUGAGUGGCUUCAGGCCGCUGCCACUCAGUGUCACACUGGAUGGGCCACACUCCUAUCCGACUGCUAAUGGGACCACACCCCUGGAAGCUGGCCCAGAGCCAGCUGAAUUCACCAGCUGGGAAUCAGCCAUGGCACUGCGAGGUUUGGACAGGCAUGAUGGCUCAGAGUAUAUGAAUGGUGCAAUUGGCCUCCUGCAGUUAUUGGGAGUGAAGGAUAAAGGUACAGUGAUCCCGAAAGUGGUUCUUGUCGGUGGCAAAGACAGCGGCAAGACAUCUGUGGCUGAAGGACUUGUCGGCAUCUGUUUGCCGAGAGAGACCCUAGUUCCUUUGAUUAUUAACCUCAGAUCUAAGGUAGGAGAUGAUGGAAUGAUAGUAGGUGAUGAGAAGCUUGAUCCCGUGAAGGGAAGAGAAAUCGAAGCAUAUUUCGGAAUUGCUAAACCCCCCUGGGCCAGACAAACGGGGAAAGAACCGGCAGGCAAUUUUUCUCGGCAUGAAGCUCCUCAGACGAACAAGAAGGAAAUGGGUGCUUCAAGCAGUUAUUCAGGAAGACAGGACAGAGUCCAGAUAGAGAUACAGUAUGAGGGAUUGAGGAAGACAAUAGAGGAGGACCGUGUGCACGAUGAAGUGCAAACGGCAACUAAACAACUAGCAGGGGCAGGGCAUGGCAUAACGAACAGGCCUAUACAACUGACACUGACGUGCAGAGGGGCUCCCGAUCUAACUCUCAUUGAUCUUCCUCCUAUGGAGAACCCUCAGCAAGGGGCUGUUUUCCGUAGAGUUUACCUGGAAGAAGAUUGUUUCAUACUGAAUGUCAUUUCUUCCUCAGCGACUGCCAUCGCCACUUGUGAAUCCACUCUUGUGGCCAAAGAAAGCGACCCUAUGGGUCAACGAACCAUGGUGGUUAUCACUCACGUCGAUCUGAAUCCGGGAGCGAUCAAAGACUUCCUUCCUCCGGAGUGUCUGAGUACCAACCCUCCCGUUUCAACUAUGCUUCAUUCUAGCCAGGGUGUGUAUCCCUACCCAAGACACGGGUUCAUGCUCGUACUUAAUCGCACUGGCACUGACAGGGAGGAGCCCUAUGAGAGACUAGUCGCAAUGGAACAGAGGUUUCUGGGGAGGAACGAGCUCCUCGAAGUAUAUUGGGAGAGGGGGAUGUUCGGGCUUGCCAGUCUUGCUAAUAAGCUGAAGUUGAUCCACGCAGAGCAAUUGGCGAGACGUUUCCCAGACAUUCGACAAAAGCUGAAGGAUCUGUUAGAGGCGGCAGAGAAGGGUUUAGAAAGUGUUCCGCGAGCCGUUCUGACAGAGGUGGAGGCAGGAUCGCAGUUCUUUUUAGUUGUGAGAGAUUUUAAGAAGACACUAGAAAGACUGAUGCUGGAUGGCGAUUUCAGAGGGGAACCUGAGGAGCUGCACUGCGUGGCAAGAAUGUAUGAAAUAACAGUGCAGUUCGACGAGGAUCUGAAGAGCGUGGCUUCGGAUUUCAAAAGUCCAGCGUACAGGCAACACAUAUGGGACAUCAGAGAGUCGACAGAGGGGCUGUCUCUCCCACCCUUCAUGUCCAAUCUGAUCUUUAAAAGGCUAGUGAGAGAGGAGGUCCAAAAGUGCAGAAAGAUCUGUGAGGAGCUCGUGCCUGAGAUGUGCAGAUAUGCUGAGAAAGUGGCGCAAUUUGCCAUUGACAACGCGAUGGGACCGUACCCUCUUCUGUGCCAGAGGGCCAAGACUGUGACUAUGGAGGUCAUGGGAGAUGUUGAAAUGACAUGCCUUAAGUACGUGAAGGGGAUGCUGGGGAAGGUUGCAAGGGUGACAUACGUCAAAGAUGAGCAGUUCGCUGCACUGACUGCCGAGGCUCAGAAUGUCAUCCCCUCUCCUGGAUUGAACUGUGAGGAGCACGACGAAGUGCGAGACAUGCAGAAGUAUGUCUGGGCAUACUGGCAGAUUGCACACAGGAGGUUGGCUUACGAACUGCCAACCGAACUCACGUACUCACUUCAGAAUGCGCUGCUCGAGGAAGUGGAUGCGAGAUUGAUGCGCUUGCAACCAGUAGGGCCAGUUGCGCCGGUAAGUUAUUCCGAUGAGGUGAUGAGCCUAAUGACAGAGGUCCCUGAGAUUACUCAGAAGAGGCAGAAACUCACCCAGAAUAUCAGAAGACUGCGAAAGGCAGUUGAGAUGGUUCUCGCUCUGCCUAUUAUCGCAACAUUCAGGGAAAAUCCACCGGCCGUGAUGGCACCGGAGGACAUGACUCAGGACAAAGUUGGAAGUGAAGACCUGGGCAUGAAAAGGAUCCUCUUCGAUGGAUUACGGGACACUGAUCAAGACCUUUCAGCUGAUGACUCCCGACUCAUGUACCUGAACAUGGACAGUCCUUCGAGCCAAUUCAGCCCAGGAUAUGACGAAUAUCCCACCAAAGCACCCCAUGUUUGGAGCCUUGACACCCGACCCAGAUGCCAUGGACAAUGAUCCUGGUAAAAGCUCCGAAUC